AUGGAAUUGAUUGGUCUUCAACCAGCCGGUCUCCUAAGUCCCUCGGCCCCCCUGCUGAGGGCCCCGCUGGGGUCCCCCGACCUCCCCCAGGUGUUCACCACGCUUCUCUCCUCUGAAGAGGCUUGUUUCACCCUGCAGGGGUCUCUCCUCAGGGCUCUCGCACAGGGUCUGGACGCGGGGUUACACCACCUGACCUAUGCUAAUGAACUAGAGAACGUUGGCGCGUCUGAUGUCCUUUCACCCGCACACCACGUCAUGAACUCCAGUGCGGAGCAGCGUGUGCGGUUGGACCUGGGCCUGUGGGACAAGUUCAGCGAGCUGGCGACCAAGUGCAUCAUCAAGAUCGUGGAGUUCGCCAAGCGGGUGCCCGGCUUCACGGGGCUGACCAUCGCCGACCAGAUCACGCUGCUCAAGGCCGCCUGCCUGGACAUCCUGAUCCUGAGGAUCUGCACGCGCUACACCCCGGACCAGGACACCAUGACCUUCUCCGACGGCCUGACGCUGAACCGGACCCAGAUGCACAACGCGGGCUUCGGCCCGCUCACCGACCUGGUGUUCACCUUCGCCGGCCAGCUGCUGCCCAUCGAGAUGGACGACACCGAGACGGGCCUGCUCAGCGCCAUCUGCCUCAUCUCCGGGGACCGCCAGGACCUGGAGGAGCCGUCCAAGGUGGACCAGCUGCAGGAGCCGCUGCUGGAGGCCCUGAAGAUCUACGUGAGGAGGCGGCGGCCCACCAAACCCCACAUGUUCCCCAAGACCCUGAUGAAGAUCACCGACCUGCGCAGCAUCAGCGCUAAAGGGGCCGAGCGGGUCAUCUCGCUGAAGAUGGAGAUCCCGGGCUCCAUGCCCCCGCUCAUCCAGGAGAUGCUGGAGAACUCGGAGGGCCAGGACAGCAGCAGCAGCAGCACAACGCCCGGUAUUCUACUUCCGGUUUGGAGGAAGACAGGAAGAGGGGGGUCUUCCCCCGGGUCCCGCCUCCGUUUCACGGUCAUAUGA